AUGUUAAUUAAUGCUUAUAUGGACAUAAAAAGAAAACAUAUAAAAAUUAUAGCAAAAAAUGUGAACUCUUCCCAUUUAGAUUAUUAUUUUAAAAGAUGGUAUGUCACGGAUAUAUAUAACAACUUAAAAUUACCAGAUAAAAUUAGAUGCAAACUAAAUAAUAAUUCAUUUUACCUUAAUACUUUUAAUACAUUAAACGAAUUGAAAAAAGACGACCUAAAAAACAAAAAUUUCCAAACAUAUCCUAAAAUUAAUAAUAAUAAACAAAAUGUUAUAAAUAAGGAAAAAACAGAACAAGAUAUACAUAACAGUAAUUAUGAUUAUAUGAAUAAAAAUAAUCCUAUUUAUUAUAUUAAGAAUGCCAAGAAUAAUCCCAUAAACUAUAAGAAAAUAAAUAGUUAUACAAAUAAUAUAAAUAGAUAUGCGAAUUGCAUUUUUAAUAAUAUAGUAAAUAUCAAUAGUAACAAAAAAUAUUUAUACCAAAUACAAAUAAAAAAUAAUGUGUGCACCUUAUAUAAUAUAAAAUACGCGAGAUAUGAUAAAAGAAAUGUGUAUCCAAGUAAAAAUGUACAAAAUGUAUAUAGUAAUAAUAAGAAAAUACAAGAAAAAAAAAAUUUCCCGCAUAUAGAAACGAAUAUCAAUUUAGAUGAUGUAGCACGUGAUAUGAAAUAUGCAACUAAAUAUCCCAAAAAAAAAGGAUUUCUUUCAUCGAUAUUUGUUAGAAAAUUAUCUUUAUUUAUGAAUAAUUUAUUUGAAAAACAUUUAUUAUUAAUGAAUUGUAUAAUAGCUGGUACAUUAUAUUUUAUAGCUGAUCUAACUUGUCAAAUGAUGGAAGUACAUAAAAAUAAUAAUGUCGUAGAAUAUGAUUUUUUAAGAACAUUAAGAAUGGCACUCAUAGGAUUAACAUUAGAAGGACCAAUUAUGACAUGGUGGUAUGGUAAAAUAUUAGCCAAUUUUAUUAAAUCAAAACCUAAUACAUUUUUAUAUAAAUCCUUUAUCCCAACUUUAUUUGAUAAUUUUAUUUUUGGUCCUAUACAUUUGACUAUUUUCUUCUUUUAUAAUGGUAUACUAAAAAAUCAAAGGAAAUCAGAAAUUAUUGAUAAAAUAGUUAAUACAGGUAUGAAAGUUUUCUUGAUAUCCUUAAUGACAUGGACACCACUAACUCUAAUUAAUUUUGUUUUUGUUCCAAGAAUUUAUCAAGCUACCGUUGUUUUUUUUGCUGAUUUUUUUUGGGUCAUUUUUCUCUCAUGGUGUGCCAAUAAAAAAUAA